ACUUGUAUUGGAUCGUUGCGCACAACCGUAAGCCGUAUCCUUAUGGAAUAGGUUUUGGUUUUUGUAUUAUAUAUUUAAAAUCAAAUACAAUAAUGUCAAAUAGCAUUUUAAUUUUUUUCCUAUUUAAAAGCGUUACUUAAAACUAAAUUAAAUAUUUGUUUUAUUUUAACAUCCGUAAUUUCAAGUAAUAUGAUAUGAACAGUUCUACUUGCGCUGUAACUUUUACGAGCAACAUUUUUAUUCAAUGAAAAAAAUGAAAAUGUUCUCUAUUUCAUUAAAUAAUAAACUACUUAAAGCGUAAUACAUCAUCGAUUAUUUCAACCUUCCAAUUACGAAUUCCCCUUCAAUUAUGUAACUACACGUGUAAAAGUUCUGACCUAACCUACGGUUAUGCAUUAAGCGUUGAUGGAGCUCUAAAAGACACCGGGCAUUUAAUUUUCUUUUGCUUAAAUACUGAAACAUUUUUAAACGAAUACAUUAAAAUGGUUGAGGAACAGAGGAGACGAGUUGAAGAGAAUAUGAAUAAAAUGGUGGAACAGAUUGACAAGUCUUAUAUUAGGAAAAUGCAGGGAGAUAUGCAUAGGUGUGCUGCAAUCUGCUGUGACAAUGAAACUUACAGUAUACAAAAAGUACACAACUGUGUAGAAAAUUGUAGUAGCUCUUUAAACAAAGCUCAACAGUACAUUCAAGGGGAAUUCGAAAGAGCUCAGAGUCGAUUACAAAGAUGCGUCAUGGAUUGCAAUGAUAAAAUAAAGGAUCAAAUGGGACCGAAUCCCACACAGAAUGAAGUGGACAGAUACAGUGAUCAAUUUGAAAAGUGUGCCACAAAAUGUGUAGAUAACUAUUUAGACAUGUUGCCUGCAUUAGAAAAAUCUAUGAAGAAAGUGUUAGCUAGUAAAAAGUUUGAACAAUAAUAAAGAUAACAAAAAUAGUAAAUCAUUACUUGAAGCUACCAGACCACCAAGGAAUGAUUUAUAAGAUUCUACUUAAAAGAAAAUAACGUUUGCAUAUUAAUUAAUAGACUGUGGAUCUGACGCAUUCAAAGCAUAUAGUAGAGUAUGCACACACAACCACAGCUUAUUAAUUACAAAUGAAGGUAAUCGGUUAGAUUACAAAUUACAUAGAAUUUUGUAUUCACAUCAGUUGCUAAUACAUUGUACCUUGACACAACAGUUAUUACUAUUAAAUUGAUUUUAAUUA